AGUGUCAUUCCAUCUUCCCCCAGCAUCCAGAAUACAGAAACCUUCUCCCUUGUCAGCAUGACCUCUGUCACCACUCCUAGCGAGAGACCAACUCUCACAAGUACUGACAGCACUGCGACAAGUUCCCUCCUGACGACCUUCCCAAGUACAUAUUCAUUUUCCUCUUCCAUGUCUGCCAGCAGUACCGGGACCACUCACACAGAGACUAUUUCCUCACCUCCAUCCAUCACCAGUACACUCCACACAACAGGUGAAUCCACCCUGUCACCCACUGCCACCACCUCAUUCACCACCUUCACAACGAUGGAACCACCUUCAACCACUGUAGCAACUACAGGUACAGGCCAGACCACCUUCCCCAGCUCUACAGCCACAUUCCUUGACACCACCACACUGACUCCUACAAUUGACAUGUCCACAGAAUCUGUCACAACAGCCGUGACUUCUACUCCUCCCAUCACUUCUUCAGUUACUCCCACCAAUACAGUGACUUCUAUGACAAUAACGACUUCCUGGCCCACAGCCGGUAAUGUAUUAUCAUCACUCACCAGUAGCAUUUUAUAUUCUACAACUGUCCUCCACACAGAAGCAAUCACCAGUCAUAACAUUAACACCACCCCUCUAUCCACCUUGGUGACCACACUUCCCACUCCCAUCACCAGGUCUAGACCUACAUCUGAGACCAUCUACGCUACUUCUCCCACUAGCACAGCCACAGAUUCCACGACCGACAUCAGCUACCCCACAAGUAUGACAGGUACAUUGUUCCCUGAGACUUCUCUCCUACCCACCUCUUCCUCUCUCCUAACCGUAGAAACUGCCACGACUCCUACCACAACCUUGGUAACCACCACCCCUGAGACCACCUCCCACAGUUUCCCCAGCUUCAGUUCUUCAGCCAUCUACUCCACAAGCAGUACAACCACAACUGCCAUCUCCUCAGCUUCACCUACCUCAGGUACCAUGGUGACUUCCACUACCAUGACCCCAUCUUCUCUGAGUACAGACAUCCCAUCGACAAUACCCACAACUAUCACCCACUCUUCUGUGAGCUCUACUGAAUCCUCGACUACAACAACAGUCCUCUCCUCAACAUUUGCUGUUUCCAGUACCUCAGCGGUGUCCACAAGUGACAUCCCAUCUUCCCCCAACAUCCAGAAUACAGAAACCUCAUCCCUUGUCAGCAUGACCUCUGCCACCACUCCCAGCGAGAGACCAACUCUCACAAGUACUGAGGGCACUCAGACAACUUCCCUCCUGAUGAGCUUCCCAGCAACAUAUUCAUUUGCCUCUACCAUGUCUGCCAGCAGUGCAGGGACCACUCACACCGAGAGUAUCUCCUCACCUCCAUCCAUCACCAGUACACACCACACAACAGCUGGAUCCACCCCAUUACCCACAACCAACACCUCAUUCACAACAUUUACAACAAUGGAAACACCUUCAUCCACUGUAGCAACUACACGCACAGGUCAGUCUACAUUCACCAGUUCAUCAGUCACAUCCCCUGAGACCACCACACUGACUCCUACCCUUGACAUUUCCACAGGAUCUUUCAAAACAGCAGUGAGUUCUACUCCCCCCAUCACUUCUUCAAUCACCUCCACAUACACAGUGACAUCUAUGACAACUGCCAACCCUCUGCCCACAGCCACCAGUACGUUACCAUCAUUCACCAGGAGCGUUUCAUCUUCUAUGCCUGUCCCAAGUACAGAAGCGAUCACCACUGGUACCACAAAUACCACCCCUCUGUCUUCCUUGGUGACCACAUUAUCCAAUUAUGACACCAGUUCUACACCUGCAUCUGAGACCACCUACCCUACUUCUCUUACUAGUGCUCUCACAGAUUCCACGAGCAGAACCACCUAUUCCACCAGGAUGACCGGUACAUUGUCCACUGUGACCUCUCUCCGACCCACCUCUUUGUCUCUUCCAACCACAGUAACAGCCACAGUUCCUACAACAAACUUGGUAACCAUGAACACCAAGACCACCUCACACAGUACUCCUAGCUUCACUUCUUCAAUCACACCCACUGAGACCGCCUCACACAGUACUCCCAGCUUCACUUCUCCAAUCACGACCACUGAGACCCCCUCA